GCCCCCAUGAUUAAAACGUCGUUAGUUAAAUCUUGAAAUUAGACCAUAUUGAUUCUUCAGAGGAACUAUGCGAAGAAAUGAGCUGUUGCUAAAAAAGUCGGCAACUGACUUAAGAUAAGAGAAAACAAUCAUUAAUUUGAUAUUCUCAAUGGAUGAGAUACUUGCUUGACAUUACCCAACCUCCGAAACCAAAAUGCCAAAGUGUGUUUUGAUUUUGAGCGGGAAAAGAAAAAGCGGCAAAGAUUUCUUGAAAGACGAACUGAAACGAUUAUUGAAGGAUAACUGCUGUGUUUUGACCUUAUCUGCCCCUUUGAAGAAACAGUACGCUCUAGAACAUGAUCUUGACUUCAACCGCCUUCUCGACAGCUCAGAUUAUAAAGAGUUACACAGAGAAGAAAUGAUAAAAUGGGGAGAAGAAAAGCGAAGCAAGCAGCCGUCGUUUUUCUGCGAAUUAUCUGCCAAGGAUGCUGAAACUAAAAAUCAAAACAAUGAUUCUGUAAUUUGGAUUGUUUCAGAUGCUCGAAGGCCAACGGAUAUUGAAUAUUUUAUUACCAAAUAUGGAAGGGAAAAGAUCAAGUUGAUCCGAGUCACAGCCUCCGAAGCCGUUCGGACAUCGAGAGGUUUCGUGUUCAAACAUGGAAUCGACGACGCGGAUUCGGAAUGUGCGCUGGAUGAAUUGAUCGAUUGGGAUCUAGAAUUCGAAAACAAUGACGAAGAUGAGUUUCGCAGUUGUAUGAUUAAGUUGCUAGCCUUACUUCCCUGAUAGUACUAAAUCUAAUAGGUUCUUCUAUGGAAAUAUCACGUCUAUUACAUUGAUUCUGUUGAUUUAUUGAUAGGUGAAAUUUUGUUUAUUGAUUAUUCAUUAUGCACUCAUGCGCAGUAUUUUUGUAAAUUUAGAAACUGAUUUAUUGCGUCUAUAGGUCUUGAGAUUUUUGAUCACGGAAGCUAUCACUUUCAUUUUUCAACUUCUGAAUGUUUCACUUCCAAAACUUUCUGUAACAAAAGCUAAAUCAUUGCAAUUCAACUUAAGUUAGAAAUUGGGUUGAUUUUCUAUAAAAUCCAGUCAACUACAAGAUCGUGUUGAUCCAGUUUAUCACCUGGAAUAUGAAAAUCUGUCUUCGUUAGUCUUAAACUUGAAAAUAGAUCGGGGGAGUAUGAUAGAAAAGGAGAAUAAUUACAUUAAUGUAGUUUUUUUAAAAUCAAAGAAAGGAAAUCCAUGUUUGUUUAAAUUUUUGAAAUAUCCUGACGUCAUCUUGAAAGUACGAUUUUUCUAUGUGAAAUUCCUUGCGAUCUUCAGGGUCUCACGCAGAAAGCGUCAAUAGUGAC